AUGAAGUGGGUGAAUAAAGAGCCACGCACAUCAAUUGACUGCCUCUGUUUUAAGAAAUUGAAGUGGGUAAAUAAAGAGCCACGCACAUCAAUUUCAUGCCUCGGUUGUAAGAAGUCGAAGACAAAAUGUAAAGGCGGAAAAGUGGAUGAAAUUCAUGAAAUUCCAUGUACUGAAUGUGUGAGAAAGAACCAAUACUGCGACAUCCCUGCGUGUACAAAAUGCUCCAAAAGGACAAAAAAUAAAAAUAAGAUUUGUGAUAAAUGUCUUAGAAAAAAGGAUAAAGCAAUCCAAACCAAUGACUUUUCCCACGGUCAAAUGAAAGAUACAUCAAUGGAAGAUGAACAAUAUUUAACUCACGUCGAAAUUAACUAUGCCACUUACGACGAAAUUAACUAUGCCACUUACGACGUAAUUAAUCCUGCUACUUACAACGUAAUUAAUUCUGCCACUUACGACGUAAUUAAUUCUGCCGCUUACGACGAAAUUAAUUCUGUUACUUACGACGAAAUUAAUUCUGUCACUUACGACGAAAUUAAUGUUUUCAGAAGUACGUAA